CCUACAAUAUUUACCCAGAAGGCUGUGCGCUACCUUCAGCAUGCUGCUAGGAGGCAUAAUUCUUUUCUUCAUUCUGCUUGUACCUCCAGGUCUGACCCCCCUGGCCAUUUCAAUGGAAAUGAUAGGGAAAUUUUUCAUGGCCAGUGCAACUUCCUUGGUGUAUUCUUACACGGGAGAGCUGUACCCAACCGGAAUCAGAAACACUGCUGUGGGGAUCUGCAGCAUGGCCUCUCGAUUGGCUAGCUCCAUCGCUCCAUACUUUAUCCACCUGGGUUCAUAUAACAAGAAUUUGCCUUACAUUGUGAUGGGAAGCCUCACCAUUAUAUCCGGGAUCAGCGCUCUCUUUCUGCCAGAGAGCUUUGGGCUCCCCCUUCCGGAGACCAUGGAUCAGAUGCCAAGGAUAAAGAGGAUAAAAUGGCAGUGUCUAUCCAGUGAACAGAAAAAUCAAGAAAAAAAAGGCAGGACUCAUUCAGGAAAAACCCUAGUGGAGACAUGGAUGUAGUCACCAGAUGUAACUUUCCAUGACAAAUGACAUUCCACAAUAGGUUUUGAUGUAUUUCGGCAAAUAAAGAGUGUAGGAUUUUUAAUUGUAGGUGUGCCAACUUUAAAAAUAUAAAAUUUAAGUAUGGUUGUCUGGGAGAAAGUUCUUGAUUGCAGGACAGUGAAUGAAAAGUGGAGCAGGUUCAAAAUGGUUAUACUGGAUGUGCAGUGUAAAUUCAUUCCA